UGGCCCCGCCAAGAUUAAUAUUCCUAGGUCAUUUAAGUAAGUGAGAGAGACGCCGGCUAUUCUAUUAUCUUGAGAAUUUUGCCCAUACAAGGAAAUUAUUCAAUUGCCGCCCAUGACGAAGCAACUUGUCGCGAGAUCAUUAUUAUCACCACGUACCCCUGUGCCAUUCAUAUAUAAGAGCUGCGCCCCUGACUACAGAUAUCACAAUCAGAAACCCCUAGUAGAUCAAGAUCACUAUGCCAGAGGAGAGCUCCCACCCGGCGCCGAAAUGGCUCACUCGCGAAUACGUUCAAGAGAAACUGCGCGCCUACUUUAAGGACCAGUCACUCGAGCUAGAGAAAUUAGAGGUCAAGCCAGCCAUUCCGAAUGGUGAGAACUACGCCAGUGUGAUGACUCGAGUCAAUGUGGAGUACACCACAAAGGGUUCCAAGGACAAGCUUGCUACGAACUUCCUGUUGAAGACUACGUUUGCCGAAAAAGAUCCAGCCGCCCACGUACUGGUUCACUAUGGCAUCUACACCCGCGAGAUGGACAUGUACGAGAAGAUACUGCCUCAGCUGGCGGGUAUUAUUAAGUCCGAACUGAACGAUUCGAGAAAGCUUUUCGCAGGGACUGUCAGCGUAGAUCGCGAGAAAGACUCGAUUAUGUUUGAGAAUCUGUCCCUGGAAAACUACAAGGUAAUGUGCCGUCUUAAGAAACUGGACCUGGUGCACACUCAUCUGGCGCUGGAAAAACUUGCUAGUUUCCAUGCGGCGGCUGCGGCUCUCGCAAGUCGAACACCGGGAAUCUUUGAAAAGAACUUCGAUCGCGGCUUUUUCAAUAAAUCCGUCCGAGCCUAUCAGCCUAUUAUGAGGAAUCUUUUGCAAGCUCUUUCCCGGUCCUUGGAAUUGAAUAGCGAUCUAAAGGAGCGCUACCAGGCCAAAAUUGAUCGCCUUGUCGACUUUGUAAUGGACUACGGAGAGCAGUCCACUUCUAUAAACCCAGGGGAUUUCGUAACUCUUUGCCACGGUGAUCUUUGGACGACUAAUUUGAUGUUCCAACACGAUGAACAAGGACAUCCAACCAACGCCAUCUUUAUCGACUUCCAGUUUAGUGUGUGGAACUCCCCGGCCAUCGAUCUUCACUACUUUUUCUCUACCUCGAUUUAUGAGAACCUGCGCCUGGAGAAGCAGUCGGAGUUGGUUCAAUUCUACUACUACAAGCUGGCCGAUGCAUUGAAAAAGGUCAAGUACUCCGGCAAGGUUCCCAGUUUGUUUGAGUUCCAGCAACAAUUCAGGGCCAGAGCCUUCUAUGCCGUUUUUUCAUCGCUGAUUUUUGAGCCUACAAUGGUUUACAAUGGCAAGGAAGAGGCGUCCAUGGAACAGAUACUGUCCACUUCAGAAAAGGCAAUGCGGUUCAAGGAUUCGGCUUAUCAGGCACCAGAAAUUCUAGAAAAAAUGAAAAAUACCCUUCCCUUUCUAGAUCAUUUGGGCUUAUUAGAUGAAAUGUGA